AUGCUACAUGAAGAAGUAGAAGUGGCUGUGAACAAAAUCACGAAAACCAAGUCAACAGUCAGACAGGCGAAUAUCAAGCACACAGGGAAAGAGAAGGAAGAAUGCAGGAGAUGUGGUUAUGUACAUGAGCCAAGGAAGUGUCCGGCAUAUGGAAAAAUUUGUAAUGAGUGCUCGUGGAAGAACCACUUUAGCCGCAUGUGCAGAGCACCAAAACAAAAAGGCAAACUUAGAAAAUUGGAAAACAAAGUCCAUGAGAUAGAACAACAAGAAAAUGCUGAAUUGUUAAUAGGUGCCAUCAAAAUUGAACCAAUGCUGAUGUCCCUCAUCCAUAUUGGACUCAUUGAAGGUGAAACAGGUGAUUCUGAAACCUCUCAAGAGAGACCCAAACCUGUAGCUCAUGUUCUUCCGGAUAGAUGUGUGUUUAGAGGAGAGACGGUCAUUCUCACAUGCGACAUACAGCAGACAGGAGUCUGGCAGUACAGCUGGAAUAAAGACAGCGGACAAGUUUACAGAGCAGGACAAAACCAGAACUAUAUAAUCCCAUCUGUGGAUCCGUCUCAUGGUGGUGUGUACAGCUGUAGAGGAACUCAGAGAAAAGCUCCACAUUACUCACAGUUCAGUGACACAGUUACACUGACAGUAUCAGAUCUGAAGCCAAAGCCUGAACUCACAUCAGAUCCUGCAGGAGCUGCGCUGACAGGAAACACAGUGACUUUGACCUGUCGCAUGGAUCCGGCCGCUGGAUGGGACUUUUACUGGAACAAACACACACUGAACUCUGAGACAAAGACAGAAACAAACUCCUACAGAGUGAAGAUUGAUUCAGUGUCUGAUGGAGGCCAAUACAGGUGUAGAGCUGGAAGAGGAAACCCAGUCUACUACACACAAUACAGUGAUGCACUGUGGGUAAAUGUUACAGUGAGUCCUAAAGCUGUGGUGACGGUCCGGCCUGAUGAACGAGUGUUCAGAGGAGAAACAGUCGCUCUCAGAUGUGAUAUAAAGUGGGGAGGAGACACUGAGUGGACGUACAGAUGGGAAAUAGAGGGAACAAACUGGUAUAAAAACUCUGCUGACCGAUGUACAGAAGAGUGCAGCACCAGUGAAACUGAUAAUCAGAAAAACAGAAAUGCUGUCGGCUGGUGUUUAACACAAGAGUUGAACAUCAGCAGUGUUGAUCACGUUCACAGCGGUAAAUACACCUGCAGAGGACAGAAAAACACACAAUGCUCUCAGCGCAGUGAUGCUGUUACUCUGACUGUAUCGGCUGAAGCUCGGGCAGCAGUGCGAGUGUCUCCACAGCCGUGGCUGACUGAAGGAGACUCAGUGACUCUGAUCUGUGAGGUUACAGGCUCCUCUACAGGCUGGACAUUCAGCUGGUUCAGAGAUGAUGAUCGUCUGUCAGACAGCAGCAGAGGAGCUGGAGGCUCUUACACUCUCAGUCCUGCUGCUCUACAGCACACAGGAGUUUAUACGUGCAGAGCAGAGAGAGAUCCCUCUAUUUCUCAGUCUAGAUCAGAUGUGCUGUCAGUUUUGAAUGAGGUUUUCUUCUUCUCAGGUGUUUCUCCUUCAGUGUCUCUGGAGGUCAGUCCCAGCAGAAGUCAACACUUCUCGUCUGACUCUCUCUCUCUGAGCUGUGAGGAUCAGAGUAACUCUGCUGGAUGGACGGUGAGAAGAUACACAGACAGAAACACAGAAGAUUGUUCAAAACAAACAGGAUCUACAUGUCGAAUCGUCUCUCUCAGCACAUCUGACUCUGGAGUUUACUGGUGUCAAUCUGAAUCUGAAGAGAAACGCCAUCCUUUCAACAUCACUGUUCAUGAUGGUGAUGUGAUUCUGGGGAGUUCUGUUGAUCCUGUGAUUGAGGGAGAUACUCUGACUCUACACUGUUUACAUCGAUCUACAAACUCCCCGAUCCUCGGAGCUGAUUUCUAUAAAGACGGAUCACUCGUCCAGAAUCAGACGACAGGAGAGAUGAACAUCACGACUGUCUCAAAGUCACAUGAGGGUUUCUACUCCUGUAAAACAGAGAGAGGAGCGUCACCCAAGAGCUGGAUCUCAGUCAGAGUGUCACGUUCAGGUCAGAUUUCUGUCUUCAGCAUCCUCAGUUUUCUUCUGGCAGCUUGUCCGUAUCUGCUGUCGACAGUCGUGCUGCUGUUCAAAUGCUGCAGAGCGAGAGUUUCAUCCACUGAAGACCAAAGCCAGUACGCUGUAACAGAAGAAGAAACUUAAACUGAUAUUCCAUCCAUCCAUCCUCCAAUCCGCUUGUCCUCUGUAGAGUCACAUCAUGCUGAUCAUCCCCGGCGUCUCGGGCUGAAGGCACAGUUUCUGGAUGGAUAGAUGGCUCAGUCAUACUCACAGAUAAUUCAGUGUCUCUGAUUGAUUGUGGGGGGGACCGGAGCACCCUGAUGAAACCCACAGCAGCACAUGGAGAACAUGCAAACUCCACACAGAGAGAGCUCCUGGCUCAGCCGGGACUCAAACUGGACACUUUCUUGCUUUCUGAGCCAACAUGAGUCUUAAAUGUUGAAAAUAACAUGUUAAAUGUGUCUGCUGAAGACCGAAGCUAGUAAGCUGUAACUCAUAUAAAUAUUACUAUUAACAUAUGUGUUAUAUACAUUAUUUAACUUGUCUUUAAGUAUGGUUUGAUAAUAGUGUAUUCUGUUCUGAUUUCAUAUGCUUUAAAUUAGAUUAGUGACUUUAUCAUGUGUGAUGUUUGUCUGGGCUUAUUGUGAAAGCUUGAUAUUUGAUGUUUUAGAUGACUUGUUUGAGUAAUUAGCAAACAUGCAUAUAGUUUUAUUCUUUAUCACGGUCUGUAUGAGUGAAUUACUGUUGAAAUUAAUAUGUGUAUUCCAAAGAGCAUUGUAAUAAAUAUGUCUUAUGUAAUCCAAAAAAAUAAAUAAAUGCCAUAGUGUCCGCCAUAA